GGUCACUGGAGGGCGCCUUCAUACAUAAAAACACUCGCCAACCACAUCCCUAGUCUGAGGGUGGCAGUAACUCGCUUGAGAGUGUGUUGGUGCAGCCUUGUGGAGAACAAAAAGAAGAGUAGUAGGCUGUCAGACACAACCCUCCGUCCCUUUUGGACCAAAAUAGACUGUUGAGGGUUGAGCAGCUGACAUCAGCUAGUCAGAAAUGGCUGCCACUGGAGUUCUUCCCUUCAUAAGAGGGGUGGACCUCAGUGGAAACGACUUCAAAGGUGGUUACUUCCCUGAGCAUGUCAAAUGUAUGAGCAGCUUGCGAUGGCUGAAACUCAACAGGACAGGACUAUGCUACCUCCCAGAGGAGCUGGCCUCUCUACAGAAAUUGGAACACCUUUCUGUGAGUCACAACAGCCUGACCACCUUACAUGGAGAACUCUCCAGCUUACCAAAUCUGCGGGCGGUGGUAGCCAGGGCUAACAGCCUAAAAAACUCUGGAGUCCCAGAUGAUAUCUUUCAGCUUGAUGACCUCUCUGUGCUGGAUCUGAGUUACAAUCAGCUGACAGAGAUCCCCAGGGACCUGGAAAACAGCAGGAACAUGCUGGUGCUGAAUCUGAGCCACAACAGCAUUGAUUCCAUUCCCAACCAACUGUUCAUCAACCUGACAGACCUGCUGUAUCUGGACCUGAGUGACAACAAGCUGGACAGCCUGCCGCCCCAGAUGAGGCGGCUGAUCCACCUGCAGACUCUCAUUCUGAACAACAACCCACUGAUGCAUGCCCAGCUGCGCCAGCUCCCAGCAAUGGUGGCAUUGCAGACCCUUCAUCUGAGGAACACCCAGAGAACCCAGAGCAACAUGCCUACCAGCCUGGAAGGACUGACACACUUAUCAGAUGUUGAUCUGUCGUGUAACGACCUGACCCGGGUACCAGAGUGCCUCUAUUCACUGGGCAGCUUGAAGAGACUCAACCUGAGUAGUAACCAGAUUUCUGAGCUCUCCCUGUGCAUUGACCAGUGGACCCAGCUGGAAACACUAAACCUGAGUCGCAACCUGCUCACCUCACUGCCUUCUGCCAUCUGUAAGCUCUCCAAAUUGAAGAAGCUGUAUGUAAAUUCCAACAAGCUGGACUUUGAUGGGGUUCCUCCAGGGGUUGGCAAACUGUCCAGCCUCACUGAGUUCAUGGCUGCUAACAACAACCUGGAACUCAUUCCAGAGGGUCUCUGCAGGUGUGGCAAACUGAAGAAACUGGUGCUGAAUAAAAACCGGCUGGUGACUCUGCCUGAGGCCAUCCACUUCCUGACAGACUUGGAGAUAUUAGAUGUGCGCGAGAACCCCAAUCUGGUGAUGCCUCCAAAGCCAGUGGACAGAGGAGCAGAGUGGUACAACAUCGACUUCUCACUACAGAACCAGCUUCGUCUGGCUGGAGCCUCGGCAGCCACCGUAGCUGCUGCAGGGGGAGGAACCAGCCCCAGAGAUAAUCUGGCGAGGAAGAUGAGGCUGAGGAGAAGGAAGGACUGUUCUCAGGAUGAUCAGGCAAAGCAGGUCCUGAAAGGCAUGAGUGAUGUUGCACAGGAGAAGAAGAACUUGGAGGAAAAUGGGGACUUGAAAUAUGGUGAUUUAAAAAUCCGACGAUGGGACAAGAGUCUGGAGAAGCCCCACCUGGAUUACUCAGAGUUCUUUUUGGAGGAUGUUGGGCAGGUCCCAGGUGUGGCAGUGUGGCAGAUAGAGAAUUUUGUCCCGACACAGGUCGACGAAACUUUCCAUGGCAAGUUCUAUGAGGCCGACUGCUACAUUAUCCUCAAGACCUUCCUGGAUGACAACGGAGCGCUAAACUGGCAGAUCUACUACUGGAUUGGUCAGGACGCCACGCUGGACAAGAAAGCAGGAUCUGCUAUUCAUGCUGUCAAUCUCAGAAAUUUCUUAGGAGCAGAGUGUAGGACGAUUCGAGAGGAGAUGGGAGACGAGAGCGAGGAGUUCAGUGCUGUAUUCAACAAUGAGAUCUCCUACAUUGAGGGAGGAACAGCCAGCGGAUUUUACACUGUAGAAGACACACAUUAUCCCCCCAGAUUGUACAGAGUCUACGGCAAGAAGAACAUCAGGCUGGAAUCUGUGCCUGUGAAGGCCUCUUCACUCGACCCACGCUAUGUGUUCCUGUUGGAUACAGGGCUGGAAAUAUCUAUCUGGAGAGGAGCUAACGCUACUCUGAGUGGCACCACGAAAGCAAGGUUAUUUGCAGAGAAGAUAAAUAAGAAUGAACGAAAAGGGAAGGCAGAGAUUGUAACCUUGAUGCAGAGCCAGGAGCCUCCAGAGUUCUGGGAGGUACUGGGAGGACAACCAGGGGAAAUCAAGAAACACGUACCAGACGACUUCUCUCCCAUCAGACCUAAACUAUACAAAGUUGGCCUGGGUCUCGGCUACCUCGAGCUGCCUCAAAUUAACUACAAGCUCUCUGUUGAGCAUAAAGAUCACAAGAUCCAACUGGACACCCUGCCAGAGCUCAGACUGUUACAGUCCCUGCUGGACACCAAGUGUGUGUACAUCCUGGACUGCUGGUCGGACGUCUUCAUCUGGAUCGGUAGGAAGUCUCCCCGCCUCGUCCGAGCCGCUGCCUUAAAACUGGGUCAGGAGAUCUGCUCCAUGCUGCACCGUCCUAAACACGCCUGCGUCACCCGCAACCUGGAGGGCAGCGAGAGCCAGGUGUUUAAAUCCAAGUUUAAGAACUGGGACGAUGUAUUGAAGGUGGACUACACCAGAGCUGCUGAAACUGUGCAACAAACCGAUAACCUGCAGGGCAAGGUGAAGAAGGAUGCAGAGCAGAAAGAUCAAAUGAAAGCUGACCUCACAGCCCUCUUCCUCCCCAGGCAGCCUCCCAUGCCUCUCACUGAGGCUGAACAAUUGAUGGAAGAGUGGAAUGAGGACCUGGAGGGAAUGGAGGGAUUCGUGUUGGAGGGAAAGAAGUUUGCUCGGCUUGCUGAGGAGGAGUUUGGACACUUCUUCACCCAGGAUUGCUACGUUUUCCUCUGCAGAUACUGGGUUCCAGUGGAGUAUGAGGAGGAGGAGAAGGAAAAGAAGGGUGGUGAAGGUGGUGAAGGAGGAGGAGAGGAGGAGGAGGACAAACAGCCUGAGGAGGACUUCCAGUGUGUGGUGUAUUUCUGGCAGGGCAGGCAGGCCUCCAACAUGGGCUGGCUUACCUUCACCUUCUCCCUGCAGAAGAAAUUUGAGAGUCUUUUUCCAGGGAAACUGAAGGUGGUGCGAAUGACCCAGCAGCAGGAAAACCUCAAGUUCCUGUCUCAUUUCAAGAGGAAGUUUAUUAUCCACAAAGGGAAAAGGAAACAGAAGACAGACUCUGCCCAGCCGUCCCUCUACCAAAUACGCACCAAUGGCAGCGCACUUUGCACCAGGACCAUCCAGAUUGGAACAGAUUCCAGCAAUCUGAAUUCAGAGUUCUGCUUCAUACUCAAGGUACCAUUUGAGAGCACAGACAAUCAGGGCAUCGUCUACACUUGGGUGGGCCGAGCUGCGGACCCCGACGAGGCCAAACUGGCCGAGGACAUCAUGAACACCAUGUUUGAUGAGACUUACAGCAAACAGGUAAUUAAUGAGGGGGAGGAGCCAGAGAAUUUCUUCUGGGUUGGGAUUGGUUCUCAGAAAGCGUAUGAUGAAGAUGCGGAGUAUAUGAAACAUGCUCGACUUUUCAGGUGCUCAAAUGAGAAGGGUUACUUCUCCGUGUCAGAGAAGUGCUCCGACUUCUGUCAGGACGACCUGGCCGAUGACGACAUCAUGCUGCUAGACAACGGCAAAGAGGUGUACAUGUGGGUCGGCACUCAGACCAGCCAGGUGGAGAUUAAACUUAGUCUCAAAGCCUGCCAGGUUUACAUCCAGCACAUGCGCUCUAAAGACGCCGAGCACCCGAGGAAACUGCGCCUGGUGAGGAAGGGAAACGAGCCUCACUGCUUCACACGCUGCUUCCACUCCUGGGGAGCUUUCAAAACUCCGCCCUCAUAGGCCGAACACACUGCCUCACGCUCAUCUAGUCAAUUUGCUGCCAUGUAGUUCUUUUUAUCCAGUAAAAUAAGAUGUCUACGCCUGUCCCAGCGUUACCAGUCUGUCCCCCAUCCUGCUCAGUAGCCUUUAGAACAGCAGGUUUUUAUCAAUUGGCCAAACCAACUAGGACAGAUUUAAGUUUAGAAAAACAUCCCUGACAGUUAAAGUUGUGGCUGGUAAAUGUCUGAGACGGAGGGCGAAACUUCACUUUUUUUUCUACAAGUUUUUUUUAAAGCAAACCUGAAUAUAGUUGUCUAAUAAAUGAUGAGGAUUGUUUUAAGAUAAAAACAAGUCAGAGGUGCACAGAGGAUUUAUAAAAACCCAGGGAAGGUAUUUCCCCAAACAUAUCAACCUGUUCAGCUGCUUCCACGGUGGCUCGUGCUGCACCGUCGCUAAUUUUGCCAUUUGCCCAGCUUAACAGGGAAGCAGUUUGAAGCAGGAGAUGGUUGAUUUUAGUUUCUUUUCCCAUUUAAGGGACUGAGCAGAAAAUGGGACUGUAGUUUUCUGAAGAAUGUCGGUUUAUACGUUUAUAUUUUCAUGGUAUGAAUGUUUUUUUGUCCCCUGCCCCCAUACGCCUUCAUUUAAAUGGGGUGUUCUGUUUCACCCAGUCUGUGUGUCACUGUUCUCACAUCCUGACUCUGCAGUGGGAGAUGCUGUGGACAGUAGGUUUUUUUUAUAUAUAUAUAUAUCAAUGAGGAAGACUAUUUGGCCAAAGAAAGAAACAGGAUGUCAGUUUUCAAUGAGACAGAUGAUUUUACAAGUGCAAUCAGGAGAGCCUGGGAUUGAAAUAAUACUUCUGUUACGGUCUGCAUUCAAACAUGUCAAGAUGUUUAUUUUCUGGAGGCAACAAGAAAAGGCUUCUUUCCCUAAAUUUUCUGUAGUUGUAUAAAAACUGGGUGCAUGAUGUUUAAAAUUUUAAAGUUUUUCCAACUUGGAACAAAGCUCAUUAAUGGGAGAUCAUAUCAGACUUCUGGUUCAGCUUCACCAGUGUCGCCUCAGAAAAUAACUGCAGUGCUUCUUGCAACCAUGUGACCAGCAUAUUGCACAGGCUUUGGUCCAAGCAAGAUAUCUAUGUAUUUACAAAUUGGCUGCAAUAUGUAAUUCUCAGUAUAUUUUGUGGGAUGAAUUGUAAGCCUGUUAAGAGUCCUGCACACGUUUGUGUGUUUGAAUAUGUGCACAUGCGCCUGAUGCCACCUGCAGAUGCUUUAUUUAUGUAUUUUAUAUAAAAAUAAAAUGCCACAUAAUGUUUUCAUCUGGUCUUCCUUACCCACAAACCAGACCAAGGAUGAAGCAUUAGAGUAAAUUUUUAUUAACAUUCACAAUUCUUCAGUCAAAAUGCUAAAUGACACGAUUAAUAAAUUCCUACAUGUGAAACUGAAUGACAAAGAAACAAUUUCAUCUCGGUCUGAGGGAAUAAAAAGCUAAAAUCGUGCCGAUUGUAGCAUGAAAGGAUUAAUUGUCAUUGGAAAGCUAACGAAUAAAUCAAUAUGAUUCCUACCUGUUGAGCUACAUUAGUUAGUGAGGUCCUUUUUUUUGUUUUUGAAUUUUGACGUGAAGAUCAAGAAGCUUGGAGCCACUUUCCAUCUCCGACUGACUCCAGUAUUUUACUAUAGUCGACUUACUGUAAUAAACCUGCCUUCUGUGAACACUUUGAUACCAUUAAACGUUCAAAGGGUGUAAAAGAAAAAUGCUGCUAAACAAAUCCCAGAAUGAACUGUUUAGAGUACGCAACACUUUCAGGCUGACUCUGCUUACCUUGCAACACUUCCCUGAGUCCUGUCAACAGAUUUCUGCAUGAGAUGAUGACGACACUUAAAAGGAGGAUUCAAGCUCCAGUUUUUACUUUCAUCAUCCAUUUCUCUUUAUUUCUAAAAAUAAAAAUACUUAAUCAAAUAAUGAUUUUAUUCCAACCUUAAGCAGAAACUUUAAAAACUGAAACUUUUCCUUUUAAGCUUGAUGAAUCAGCUGGUCCCAAUGAGUCCUUACUGUCCAGAGAGGUCUGAAGAUCCCUUCCUGUCACAUGACAUAAGGCCAAUAAAUUUUCAAAUUUAAAAAAAAAAAAAAAAAAACAAGUCAGCACCACUUUCCCCUCUUCAUUCUUAGCUGGUUCCCUUUUUAGUCACAGUGAUUAUUUUCCUCUUGUAUCCCCCCAAGAAUCUAUUUGCCAUUAAAAUAUUUUACUUUCUUAUAGCGCCAUACAAAACAUAUUUAACAGAUUUAAGUCUCUGCCAUACGAAACACCUUCAUUGUCCCAGUGCUCGCUUAUUUCUUCAACAUCAACAGAGCAGACAGCCAGAGAGCUUCUCACAUCCUUAAGAUCAAGUUUUGUUGAUUUCUACGUAACCUCCACCCACGCAGGAUUCAGCUGCCCUUUUCAAAGGAGGAACAGAGAUGCAACAACUUUCAACACUCUUUAGAAAUCCUUCAUGUGCUUCGCUUCCCUCAACACUCUCCUUCAGUCUUAUGAAAACGAUUAGUUUGCAGGACUGUUGUGAUGCAUACAAUCCAUCACAUCCAGAGUCUGCAUCCCCCCC